AUGAUUUGCCAUCUUUGUGGCAACAAUAAGUUGUCCAAAGAAUUUCCACAUGAACAUCUCACUGAGGAGUGUACAGAACAUCCAUUAUUGCAUUGCCUUAGAUGUCUAACGGCAUCAGUACGAGUUCAUCACCGGUGUUCACAAUGUGAUGCUCAAGUCAACGAAGACAACAAACAUUACAGGAAAUAUGUCGAGACUUUGGAGUCUCUUUUCCCAGCAGUUGCUACUAACGACGAAGCAAUUGAAACUCUGGAUUCAACAUACGACGAUUCGGAAUCUCGCAUAGUUAUAACUACGCUCUCUGGCGAUAGUACAACAUUACCAUUUGAUCCUGACCAAACAAUUUUGAGUCUGAAAAAAGACAUCGAGAAAGAACUGAAAACUCCAUCCAACAAGCAAUCUUUGUUGUACAACGAAAUUGAGCUGAAGCCACGAGGGGAAACUAACGAAAUUCUUACGUUGGAGGAUUACAAUGUUCAGCCAAACAGCAGAAUAUACCUGUUGGUCCUAUUGUAUGCAGUACCAGAUGGAUUUGACCAUGUAAUCUUCGACCUUUUCUGGGGAUAUCCGCAUAGAGGCCGUGACUACCUGGAUGCAUCUGUUUUUCUUUAUAGUGGUGCAAAAUUUAUAGAAGUGGUUGACUAUAGCCACACUGAGAGCAAAUCGUGCUUGGCAGCAGUCAGGCAUUCCGGCGAUGUGAUGGAUGAUGCCCAGCAAUUGGGUCAUCACACCAUAAAUGUGUCAAUAAAAUCAAUACCAGCUCAUAUCAACAAGCUGGUGUUUACAUUGAGCGCCUGGAAUUCUCCAAACAUCUCUAAAUAUCCGAAUCCAAGCCUCAAGUUUUUCGAUGCUAAAUUCCCCAAAAAACAAUUGUGUAGCGAUGAAAUGAGCGGUGCCGCCCAUGCUCAGGCAAUUGUCAUGUGUUGUUUGACGAAAAGAGAAAGUGGAUGGCAAGUGUUUAGUUUAAAAAAACUGUCUGCUGGUAACGCUAAGAAAUAUGAUCCAUUGAAAAAUACUAUUGGAAGUCUCAUUAGGAAAGGCUGCGUAUAGCCCACUACAUUGGUUGUAGCUAAUUUUCGGUCCUAACAAGUAAAAC